AUGGCUUCAUCUCGUUUAUUUAAUAAUAUUGUUGAUGAUGGUCAUCGAGCUGUUAUUUUUGAUCGUUUUCAAGGUGUUAAACUAGAUGUUAUUGAAGAAGGAACUCAUUUUAUAAUUUCAUGGCUUCAUAGACCAAUUAUAUUUGAUAUUCGUACACGACCACGAUCUGUUCCAUCAAUAAUAGAAAUAAAAGAUUUACAAACAAUUAAUAUAACAUUACGUAUUCUUUAUCGAUCGAGAGCUGAACUUUUACCAAAAAUUUUUUUCAAAUUUGGUGAAUUAUUAACAGAACGUGCUGCUCAAUUUGGUUUUUUACUUGAUGAUAUUUCAUUCCAUUCUGAACAAAGUCGUCAAGCAAAUGUUAUUGCAGCAGAAGGUGAUGCUCGUGCAGCUGAUUUGAUUGGUAAAGCUUUAGAUGAAGCUGGUGAUGGUAAAUUUUCGAAUAUCUUUUAUUAUCCUGUCUUACUUUGUUUUAAUAUUCAUGUUCCAUCUCAAAUAGCUACAGCUCAUUUUCAACUUGUUCUAUCACGUGAUCAUCGUUUUGGUAUUGGUUCAAUUCCAAUAGGAAUUUGUUAUGCUGGAACAGGCGAUCAUGGUUUUAGUCGACGAUGGUUAUUUACUGCAGUCCCAUUAAUUAAUCAAUAUCCUAUAGGUUCAAUUCUUCUUGAAAAUCCAUAUUAUGGUUUAAGAAAACCACUAGAUCAAUCUCGUUCAUCAUUAUUGUAUGUUACCAAUUUAUAUAUCAUGGGUGAAGUACUUGUUUUAGAAACACUUAUGCUACUUCAUUGGUGUCAAAAAAUGAAAUUAACAUCAGCUAUUCUAUAUGGUUUUUCUCUUGGUGAACAUAUGGCUUCAUUAGCAUUUACAGAAUGGACUGAUCCACCUUCUCGACAAUUCUAUGAAAAUAAAGCCUCUCAAACAUUUUAUGAUUAUUUACGUGAACGAAAUCGAUCAAUGGAUUCAAAUAAAAUUGUUCUCAAUCUUAUUAAAGCUAUGAUGCAUCUUCUUAUGGAUGAAUUUACAUCUUUAUAUAAUUAUUCAUGUUCAGUUCAAUCAAAUAUAUCUAAUGCUAUGUUUAUUGCUUGUACACAUGAUGGUAUUCCACAUAUGAAUGAUGUAUGGGCUGGUAUUCAUAUUCGAUAUAUUCCUCAUGGACAUGUUAGUGCAUUUUUAUUCAAUCAAUCAGGUUUUCAUCAUGCUGCUGCUGAAAUGUUACAACGACAAGAAUCAAAUAUAUUUUCUCGAAAAGUAUCAAAUAUUUCCUAG